CCGCCGCCGCGGCCGCCUUCGUCUUUCUCUGUCUCGACUGAGGGAGCCAUCUUGCUCUUGCCGCGUGCUGGUGUUGGAGGACCCUCCCUGCUUCAGAUUUACCAACAGCAUGAAUCAAGAAAAGUUAGCCAAACUUCAGGCUCAGGUCCGGAUAGGGGGCAAGGGUACAGCUCGUAGAAAGAAGAAGGUGGUACAUAGAACAGCUACAGCUGAUGACAAAAAACUUCAGAGUUCUCUCAAAAAACUGGCUGUGAAUAAUAUAGCUGGUAUUGAAGAGGUGAACAUGAUUAAAGAUGAUGGGACAGUUAUUCAUUUCAACAAUCCUAAAGUCCAAGCUUCCCUUUCUGCCAACACCUUUGCAAUUACCGGCCAUGCAGAAGCCAAACCAAUCACAGAAAUGCUUCCUGGAAUAUUAAGUCAGCUUGGUGCUGACAGCUUAACAAGUCUUAGGAAGUUAGCUGAACAGUUCCCUCGGCAAGUGCUGGAUAGCAAAACCCCAAAACCAGAAGACAUUGAUGAGGAGGAGGAUGAUGUUCCAGAUCUCGUAGAAAAUUUUGAUGAGGCAUCAAAGAAUGAAGCUAACUAAGAUCUUUUCUGAUUUUUGGAAGCUGGCAUGGACUAGAUUAACAAAUCAGCUAUGUGGUUCCAAAGUUUUACAGACACGGAGAACAUCAACUGUUACUAGUUCAGUAAUAUAAAUAUUUUGUAUAUUGAUAAUGCUGUUUGUUCAGCAUUUUUUGGUCAUUAAUUUUGCAUUUUGCACUUCCUCCCAGGAUCUGUUCUUUUGGUCAAAAUACGAAGUGUUGGUGCAGUUUGAGGGUCUUUUGGUUUUUGAUUCUUGGUUUUUUUGUUUUUUGUUGGGGUAUUUUAGGUGUGUGUAUGUGUGUAUGUGUGUGUGUGGGUAUGUGUGUAUACAGUGGAGAGCAAAUUGGAAACCAGUUUUAUUUAUCCUCCUCCUUACCCCAGUAGAAAUAAAACAAGUCUUUACAUUUGUUACUUUUUAUUUUUUCUAAUGAUGCACAGAAUUAAUAAAAAGUGAGGGUCUUGGAUUUCAAAUCUGAGGAGAUUUUUACCGUUGGAGGUUUUGGUUUUAAUUUGCUUGGUUAACAUAUUUCUCAUAUAUUUUUCUGGGCUUAAAAUGUCUUGAGAUAUUUUGCCACCAGCUACAGGCUGGCAUGAUGGGUAGCAUAUCUUUGGUGAGUUGCCUUAGAUUCACUUACCUAGUUAGACCCAAAAGAAUUUCUUCUAGCUUUCUUCCUGAAUCCCUUGUUUCCUCUCCUCUCGGUCUCCAAAUGGCCUGGUCAGCCUGUAGCAAUGUUCUUCCUCAUCUUCCAUCUAGCUUGAGAAGGAUGUUCUCCGUAUAGAAUUAAGUGAGUGCCUAAUCCCUCUUUUUGUAAGAUGGUUUUUUCAUCUUUGAGGAACAACAGCUCCGUCUUCAACUUUUUAAUUUUUUUGAUUUUACAGUUUGGUAGAUUUCAAACUGGAGUAGCUAGCAUGUGCUUGCUAAAUAAUUUUAUGCCAGCCUUAUCCUGUGUUCUAGCUGUUCUUAAUAGCAGGUGCAAAAAUGCCUCUUUUUCAGCAAGGUUGAAGUUGGGAAUGUCCUUUCGAAUCAGAAAAAAUAGGCCAUAGACUCAUUCCCCAGCACAAAUGGGCAUUCUGUGAAAUGGUACUGGCCCCAGGAGGACUUCUUCAACCAUUCCUCUACUCCUGGCCUUGAACCUACCUCUGGAUUGGAUCUUACUAUUAUAGCUGCUCACAGCAUCCUCCUGCAUGCUUAGGUAAUGCUUUGGGGGAGUACUGGUAAAACACAGUAUUUAUUUUUUCACCUCCUUUCAGAGGACUUGGAGGUAAGUUGCAUUCAUUCACUGAAGCUUCCCUCUUGCUAUCUGAUGAUAAAAGCUUGCACUUUGUUAUAUCAGCAUUUGUUAGAGCCAAUAUUUAAGAAUAAGAUUUAGAAAAUCUGUCAUGACCCAUCAUAAAACUAUGGCUUAACCUUGCAGCAUAUCAAAUCUUGUUUCAAGCUAGAUAUCUUUAUUUGAUAUCUCUAGUGCAAGACCAACAACAUAUCAAGAGAUCUAUAGACACGAAAGCAAAGCUCUUGUGUUUUUUUCCAUCCAGACACCUCAAUUUAUUUUAUACAUUUGUUGGUUUUUCCUGUUAUGUUUUAUAUAAUAUAUGGA